AGUGGCUCUUUGUGGCAGUUUACAAUCGGGAGUGCGCACGCGCGGUUUAUUAUAAUAUAAAGGGAAAAAAUAUUAAAAAGGGAAAUAAAAUGUUCUGUGAAAUUCCGGAUUUUGGUCGAUGCUGCUUUUGCUUGCCUUUGAGGCAAGGUAUUUUGGCGUUUGGAUAUAUUAAUGUUAUAUUUUCGGCGUUUAUGACUGGAGUGUACAGUUAUACGAUACACAAUGGAUUCAAUGAAACUAUGUUGAUGUAUCACGGGUCUUUGAUGCAGCUUGAUGAUGAGAUCUGUCUUGUUAUCUACAUUUUCGACUUUCUUUUUGCAUUGGGACUUGUCUAUGGUGGGCAUACGAAAAAUCCCAGGCCACUAAAAGUGUUCUACUACUACGCGAUGACAACACUACUUACUACACUUAUAUUACAAAUAAAUGGUGUCUUUUCAUCCUAUUAUCCGGUCAGCUUCAUAGUGGAAACGUGUGGAUUAUUCCUUCUUGGAAUUUGUCUUCAUCUUUACUUGAUAUUCAUGGUGAGAAGCCUCCUCAAGAAAUUGGAGACAUCUGGUCAGUCAUACGAAAACCAGCUUCAUCAAAUCGUCAAUGGCGAAAUUAAAGUAGAUACCAACGGCGUAUACCCAAGCACUGUGCUAUCACACGAGACUGAAUAAAUUUAAGAAUAUGUUUUAUAAAACUUCACAUUCUAUAAAUAUGGGCUAAAUUUAAAAAAGAUGGAGUAUUUAUUUUUGCAUAUUUUCUCUCUUAAUUAUAAUCGUUGUGUUAAUAUAUGUAUAAUACAGCUAGUUCAUUUUUAUAGUAUGUUAAUGAAAGUAUAAUUUAUUGUAACCAUUAAGAUAAAGUAGAAAUAGUUUUUGUAAGUCAGAGCAAUAUCCAAAUAUUCUCUAGACAUGACGUCGGCUAAACCCUUGUAAAUAAACUCUUGGACUAAAACAAUACAAAUCGUAUUACAAAUAGGAGGACAAUUAAAUUCCUAAUAAAUUUAUAUUAUCAAUGAAAACAAAAGUAUAGAAUAAAUUUAGUAAUAUUAAAAAAUCACCAUUUUUAAUCUACUUAUAAAACAACAAACUUUAUUAUUUUACACAUAAUAAAUUAAUUAACUUAAUAUUAAAAUACAGUUAUUAUCAAAGUACUAGGAGGUAAGAAUUUAAAAAGGGUUUAUCAUUAGAUUAGACGUGCAUGUUCACGAACGAACAAACGAAUCGAGGUAAUGUUUCGUCUUUUGUUUUACUUUUUGCACUAGUCUAUACGUUCAUCAAAGUGUAAAUACUACACGACAAGAAAGAGAUAGAAUAGUUUUACGUUAUGAUUCUUAUAAUAAUUAUAGAACUUAGUUCUGUGUUAAUCGAUAGAUAUAUUUUAAUAUUUAUAAAGGCCCAUUGGCUGUGCUAAACUUAAUUGUACAUAGUCUAGGAGUAAUAUUUGUAAUGCUUAAUGUUUAAAGUUACCAAACACUCGCUGAGCUGUGAUUGUUUUUCUAAUAAAUAUUAUUUUUAUAUA